AUCUUUUAAUCUUAUCUACACUCAUUAAAUUCUUAAGAGGACAAAAUCUUCCCUAUCAUUGGUUCAUCAUCGCUUACAGUCACAUGUUUCUCUUGUUCUAAUUGGUUGGUUUACACGUCAAUCACUCUCACCAGAGGUCAGAAAAUAAUCUGCUGCUCAACUUGUAACGUAUCCACUUCCACAGCAUGACAACCAUCCUCAAGAAGACAAACAAGAUCGUGAAGCAUGCUGAAAACUUGAGGCGUCUUGUGAGCCAAAGGUCACCAUGGAGACAGACGACGCACCUGCAGAGACCUGUACUGUAUCAGUCAAAGGUCUGACAAAAAACUGGCAGAAAUGGUCCAACGACCACUGCGAGUAUCAGAAACACAAUCCUUUCAGCAACAGCAGGGUGAUUCCCCCACAGAUCCAACGAGGACAGGAGGGCUACGGCAGGCCUUUAGAGGGGUCCAAAACAGAGCAGAGAGGAAAAGACGCUCACUCUCACAUCAGCAGAGAGGUCACAGAGCUCUGCCGGGUCAUAUUGGAGAGCAGAGAGAGCGGAGACGAUGGCAGGCCGGCUGUGCGGUUCGGGACGCUGUUUGAAAGAUACGUCACCAUUUCUAAUAAACUAGUGGGAGUUCUGCUGCGAGCACGCAAGCAAGGGCUGGUGCACUUUGAAGGAGAAAUGUUGUGGCAGGGGAGAGAUGAUGGAGUGAUCAUCACCUUGUUAGAGUGAUUUACAGCAGUAAUGGACACCAUAUGCCUGCCUGCCUGUCUGUCCAACAUUGCUUUCUAGACAUCCAGUUUACU